AUGAAGAAGAAUAAUAAGAGUAAAGGUGUUUCUUCUUCACUAUCUGAUAAUAAUAAUAAUGAUAAUAUUGAAAACGACGAUAAAGACCAACAGAAACUAUCAUCUUCAUUACCUUCUUCUCGGCAUGACAGAUCACAACCAAAAGGUCGAUAUGAAUGGUUCUUUAACUUUGUAAGGAGAUUAUCAAUACAAAACAAUAGAUCGUUGGCAACACUAUUUGGGUGUAUCGGAGGAUUAAUACUUGGUAUUGUUUUGGUAGCGACCGAUUCAGAAUCAUUUCCUCUUGUGGGUAAAUCAUGGUCAAUGGGUUAUCGUAUCAUUGGUAUACUCUUGUCGACUGGAACUUGUGGUAAUCUUGGAAGUUAUAUUGGAGGAAGUAUAGAUAUCAUUACCGGUGAUAGAACUGUAGUAAAUCUAUAUCAUCAUUUUAAAAAGAAAAGAAAAAGAAGAAGCAACAAAAACAAUAACAAUAACAACAACACUUCUAGGCAAAAUUAUAAUAAUAAUAAUAAUAAUAAUAAUAAUAAUAAUAAUAAUAAUAAUAAUAAUAAUAAUAAUAAUAAUAAUAAUCAAAAUAAUAAUAUUACAAAUAAUAAUAAUAAUAAUAAUAAUACUACUACGCAAAUUGAAAUACCAUUAAAAGAAUUUAAUCAAAUUGAUAGAUAA